AUGAGCGCUUCGUCCUCCCAAGUGGGCAGCGACGCUCCCGAGUACUCGAUCCCGAGCCUCUUCACGUCGGAGCCCCCCAUCCGCGACGCCCUCGUAACAGGGUCGUCGCGGGUCCAGGACCAAACGCUCGACGAAUGCCUGCCCUUCCUCACCGGCUACGAACUCGGCCAGUGUAACGCCCACGGCCUGCCCCAUCUGGACCGCGGCCGCCACAUCGACUUCCUGCACAGGCAGCUGGGCAAGCUGCCCGGGGCCUUCACGUCCGCCGACCCUAGCCGGCCGUGGUUCUUCUACUGGUGCCUCUCCGGCCUGAGCCUCCUGGGCGAGGAUGUGGCCCCCUACCGCCAGAGACUCAUCGAGACGGUCCAGCCCAUGCAGAAUGCGCUUGGCGGCUUCGCUGGCGGCUUCGGCCAGACGUCGCAUCUCGCCACCACGUAUGCAACCGUCCUGGCGCUGGUCUUGGUCGGCGGAGAGGCGGCCUACGAAGUCGUCGACCGCCGAGCCAUGUGGAGAUGGCUCUGCUCGCUCAAGCAGCCAGAUGGAGGGUUCCAGAUGGCCCUCGGGGGCGAAGAAGACGUCAGGGGGGCCUACUGUGCGUCCGUCAUCAUCUCGCUGCUCAACCUUCCCCUCGACUUGUCACCGGACUCGCCUGCAUGUUCUGCUGGCCACACUGGCCUGUUCACUGGCCUGGCCGAGUACGUGCGCCGAUGCCAAACAUACGAGGGAGGCGUGUCGGCAAAGCCGGGCGUCGAAGCGCAUGGUGCAUAUGCCUUUUGCGCUCUCGGAUGCCUCUCCAUCAUCGAUUCUCCACAUCGAGCCAUCCCGCGCUACCUUGAUGUUCCACUGCUUAUCUCUUGGCUUUCUUCCCGCCAACAUGCCCCAGAAGGCGGUUUCUCGGGUCGCACCAACAAACUCGUUGAUGGCUGCUACAGUCACUGGGUCGGAGGUUGCUGGCCCCUGAUCGAGGCCGCCCUCAACGGGCCAAGGGCGGCGGCCAACCACGGAGACCACCCGCUCCCGGACGCCAUGGACAGCCUCUUCAGCCGGGACAGCUUGAUCCGCUACAUCCUCUCGUGUUGUCAGGAUCAGUCCAGAAGGGGUGGCAUGAGGGACAAACCGAGCAAGUACUCUGAUGCCUAUCAUACAUGCUACGUUCUCUCUGGCCUGAGCUCGGCGCAACACAAGUGGGACCUCGUCACUCCCCGUGCUCAUGAGUCGCUCGUGGCGGGAGACUCUUGGACUGUGUCACCCUACAUGGAAGGUGAACAGAUCUUUGAUGAAGAGGACCGCGUCUGCACGAUACACCCUGUCUACGUGAUGCCACAGCAUAAAGUGGAGGAGGUUCAGUCGUACUUUGCAACCAAGACCGGCUUCUAA